GCACAAUAUUUAUUUGCCCCAAACUUGUAUUUCAUUUGUAAGCUGUUGCAUUUAUAUUGUUUUUUUUUAUUAGUGUUUUUAUAUAUUGCUCGGCACAAUGGCACUCGCCAUUGCAAAACCACAACAGUCCUUCAUAGAGACGAUUGUUGGAGUGCCGCCGCCGCUGAAAAAGUUGCGACUACAAGCGACAGCGGCGCCGGUGAGCAAACCGAAGGUAAAAGUGGAAAAGAAGCUACAAAUCUUGUCGUUGCUCGAUGCGUAUUUACCCGCCAACAACAGCAAUGGAGGUGCAAGUAGUAGCAACACAACAACAACGACAGCCACAGCUGCAGCAGUUGGCAACACAAUCAGCGGUGCGAGCAGCAGCAGCAGCGCAAUUGCAGCUGGCGGCGUCGCACCACAACAAACACAAGCAGGAGGCUCGUGUCAAACGAAGGAGCUGCUCGAACUGCUGGUGAAGAUCACCGAUGAGAUCUCCUACGACAAUGUGCAAAUAGCCGAGCUGAAGGAGUCGGCGGCCAAAAUCUAUCAGCUCUAUCAGUUACAGGAACGCGACAGCGACACUUCGGUGCGUGUCAAGUUGCUGGAACUGUUUGCCGGCCUGGGCUGCGAGUGCAGCACUGAGGAGGGCAUCAUUCUGAUCAUCGAUUACUUCAUCUAUCUGCUGCGCAAAGAGACCUCCCAAAAGGUGCUGGCCCAGGGCAUGAUGUGUCUGUAUCGCAUUGGACAACAGCGCCGUCAACUCGUGCCGCUUGCCUACAACACACAGGUGGCGCACUUGGCCAAGGAGCAGCUGCGCAGCGGAUCGACGCACACACAAAAGAAUGCCAUGCUAGUGAUUGGACGCUUUGCCACCUGCCACGAGAGUGAACGGCAAUAUGUGUGGAAGUUGGCGUUCUACAUUGAUUCACAGGAUUCGGGUGUGCGUGCCCAGGCUUUGCAUGCGCUGCUGACGCUCGGGGAACGUGGCGCCCACUUGCCACCCGUGCUGUACAAACGUGCCGUCGAGGCCAUGAAGGAUGACUACGAAUGUGUGCGCAAGGAGGCGUUGCGUCUGGUUCACAUGCUGGGCAAUCGGCAUCCCGACUAUUGCAUCAAUCUGGAGCGGCAGCCAGAGGAUAUACGCAUGAUUGAUGCGGCCUUCAGCAAAGUGUGCGAAGCCCUUUGUGAUCUCUCGCUGCAAUUGCGCGUCCUGGCCGCCGAGCUGUUGGGCAGCAUGACGCACGUGAGCAGCGAGUUUCUGCAUCAGACUCUCGACAAGAAGCUGAUGAGCAAUUUGCGACGCAAACGCAAUGCACACGAACGUGGCGCCCGUCUUGUGACAAGCGGCGAAUGGUCGUCGGGCAAACGUUGGGCAGACGAUGCGCCGCAGGAGCAUUUGGAUGCACGCACCAUUUCGUUGAUAGCGAGCGGUGCUUGUGGCGCUCUCAUACACGGCCUGGAGGAUGAGUUCUUGGAGGUGCGCACAGCCGCCGUCGGGUCCAUGUGUAAGCUGGCAAUGUCACGACCCGAAUUCGCUGUCACCAGCCUCGAUUUUCUGGUCGAUAUGUUCAACGAUGAAAUUGAGGAUGUGCGUCUGAAGGCCAUUUACAGCUUGACAGCGAUUGCUCGGCAUAUUGUGCUGCGCGAGGAUCAGCUGGAGAUCAUGUUGGGCUCACUGGAGGAUUAUUCGGUGGAUGUGCGCGAAGGCUUGCAUCUGAUGCUCGGCGCUUGUCGCGUCUCCACACAAACGUGUCUGCUGAUGGUCGUGCAGAAGCUGCUCGAUGUGUUGGCCAAGUAUCCACAAGAUCGACAUUCCACAUACGCUUGCAUGCGCAAGAUUGGCCAAAAGCAUCCGCAUCUUGUGAUGGCACUAACUGGACAUUUGCUCUAUGUGCAUCCGUUCUUCGAGACACCGGAACGCGAUGUCGAGGAUCCCGCAUAUUUGUGUGUGCUCAUUCUCGUCUUCAAUGCCGCCGAGCAUCUGGUGCCCAUCAUCAGUCUGCUGCCAACGGCAACGCAUCGACACUAUGCCUAUUUGAGGGACUCGAUGCCCAAGCUGGUGCCGCAGCUGCCCAUCGAGGGUGCGUCGUCGUCAUCGAACAGCAAGUGCAUCGAUGAUGCGCUCCAGGCUGCGGGCAGUUCGGCGGAAUAUCUGCAAAUGAUUCUCAAUCACAUCGGUGAGAUCUACACGAUGACUGACGAUCGGGUCGAGCUGCUCAAGACGGCGCAAUCCAAUCUGCAGCGCUUGGGCGCCAUCGACUCGGACAUGUAUGGACCAUCGAAUUUCCUGGAGACCUUCCUCUCGGCCCAAAUCCAAAUCGAGCAAAUGCAGCGCUGCGCCAGCACCCAACGCAGUCGUGUGCCGCUCAAGGAAUCGCUGGCCGAGCUCAUACGCAACUGCCUCAAGUUGCAGCACACAUUCUCGGGCCUCAACUACGGCGACAUUCUGCAGGUGAAGCAGCUGCGAUUGCGCGCCAGCGCUCUGCAUCUGGUGCUCGUGGUGCGUGACAGAUCACAGAGUGCGUUGGGUCCGUGUCAGAUGCUGUUGCAGACCGCCGGCGAUAUCAGUGCCUUUAUGCGCACCCGCAGCACGAGCAGCUCGUUUGCCGAGAAGGCGCCGGAGCCGUCACUGGAUGACGAUGGCGGCAAGCCGAAACCGAAACCAGGACAAGAUGAACCCGACAGUUUUACACGUACGCUGCUCUCCAAAUUGGAUGCGAUUGCGGACCCAAAGCCGGGACGCGUGUUUCGCGAGAUAUUGCCGCUGGUGCAGCAUGCAACGCCGCUGUCGCUGCCGCCGGCCAAUGAGAAGAUCCGGCGAUGCAUGGCCAACAUUUUAGAGCCGUGUCCGUUGCAGUCGCAGGACAAUGUGAUCAAGGUGACGGCGGGUUUAAUUGCUGCUGUGCCGUUUGUGGCCGAAAUAGACAAUCUGCUGGAAUCACAAAAGGCGGAUAUGCGCAUCAAGAUCAAAUAUCCCGACCAACACAUGCACACCGUGGUACCGAAGAUGACCGACUUCAAACCCAUCAUGACGGAGCAGGGCGAGCACGAAACGAAUGUGAGAUUGCGCACAACGAUCCUGCUCUCGCACAGUGUCUGGACGGAGGCAUCGCUGGUGGAGAUUCAGCUGUGUUUGGCCGUCCGACCAGGCAGCGAACUGGAGCUUUGCAAGCCCGCCAAAGUAUUGUUUGCCCCCAAGCCAGUAAGGCGGGGAAUUUAACUAGCUGCUUCUGAUGAUGGCGCUAGGGCGCAGAAGGCUGGUGGUCUAUUGACAAAGUGUACAAUGUUAAUUACACACAAGGAAAUCAACUAUAAAAUUGUAUCAUAUUUUAUUACGUAUGUUUACAUCUUACAGAAUUAUUAAAAAUGUUGAUUAUUCGAAUUCA